AUGGCGACGGGAAACGGCAGGGGCAGUCCACUAGUUCGAGUGGAAGCCACAGCAGUGGUCCUCCAUACCCACCUGCCGUACUUCUACGGCGUCAGUCUCGGUGAUGGCGAUGUGGGUCGAUAUAUCUCGAGAACAAAAUUGGCAUCACCACUUCCCAGUGCUAGUGACCACAGUGCCAAUGGAAGCCUUUCGCCGACCCCUGGCAAACCGCAGUGGCAUCCCAUCAUGUCAGACGUGGCACAUCUGUCGGAUGAACCUAUUAGCUAUCUCAGCGAUCAGUAUCGGCCCAACUCACCAAAUUACCUUCACCUAAUCCCAGUGUGUCUUGAGCUAUUUACAAAACACAUAUAUCCGAUAAUGCCGCUAAUCCAUAUGCCCACGCUGAGAGCUUCUAUCAAUCGUCCACUGGAAAUGUUUGAGAAGAACCUCGUCUACUCUCUGUGUGCUCUCACAUCGACACAUAUGUCUGGUAAAAGCAUUUCAGCCCCUGGACCUCCGUCCUGGGAAGCUACUGGGCGCUUCUUCUUGGACGAAUGCAUCUCAGUACGGCAGUCUUACGACUUUGUUGAGGAUAAGACAUUAGGUGCUGUCAUUUCUUCAUACUUCCUCUCGACGGCGUCCUUCGAACUCAAUCAAUCCCGAAAAUCUUGGUACUAUUUGAGAGAAGCUUUAACUAUGGGCCAAGACCUUGGUCUGCACGACGAAAAAUUGUAUGUUGGAUUACCUGAUGCUGAAGCGCUUUGCCGGAGAAGAACAUUUUGGAUUCUAUACGUUACCGAAAGGUCUUUUGCUAUUUUACGACACAAACCUCUCACUCUGACGAAAACUCCUGGAUUUCCAAGCACACUACAUGAGUACGAAGCACCUGAAAUUCACUCCGGUUUCAUGCAUUUAGUACAUUCGUACCAUCUUCUCGACUCUUCCUUCGUCGACUCGUGGAAUGAAUCCUCAGACGCUCCUGCCUCAACAUUGACAUAUACAGCUCUCCAACAAAAGCUCAAUUUACCACACCCCUCCGAUGUGUCUCUCACCGACAUCCAGAAAGCCGACAUUCUCGUUACCCAGCAAUGGCUUCGACUCGUUGUUUGGCAGUCAUCCAUGCGGCAAGGGUUGCUUUCAUGGCAUGCCGAACACGAAAGCAUGACCUUUUGCUAUCCUCUCAAGAUCGCAUAUUCCCUCCUAAGUAUCAUUUCCUCGCUGCCCACGACGAGCAUAGAAGUACAUGGCAUGGGAAUAUUUGAGAAGAUAUUCGAAAUUGGGAAUACGAUGUUAGAUAUCACACAAACCUGCGGAUCGACAAUACCAAGCGGGAGCUACGGGGUGGUCCAAGAUCCCCUUGAGAUGUUUGUCAAGACCCUGAGCCAGACUCCAAACUCUCAACGGCAAUAUGCCAAUAUCCUGCUAGCGAAAGCAGCCGAGAAACCGCAAAUCCAGAGGUUUUCACAGAUGUCGCACCCGGUGUUGACAGACCAACCCAUGAUCUCUAUAACUACGCCAUAUGCUGUGAACCCUCAAACUGAAUUGAGUCGCGAUGGUCUACUGGUGCCGCCGGUCUCACCACGACCGUGGAGAGGUAGCAUUGUAGGUGAGAUUGGCGAUGAUGGUGUUUAUAAAGCUGUUGAAACUGUUGAAGACGAUGGAAAUCAAUGGGGGAACUUUGUUUGGGUUCCUGAUAUCUUGAUACAUGAAAUGCAUCGUGCGGUCUUUGUGCUGUACGAAUGCGUCCGACAGCAAGAAUAUCGAAAGGAGUGUAAAACUCUAUGGGGCCAUGACGUCUACUGGCAAGCCGCCGCCCAGGCGAUUGAGAAGAGCGUGGUACUGGGUUGGCACCCGAAGCUUUAUAGAUGCGCAAGCUUGGUUGGCGAUUUGUGCAGCCGGGGUAGCAAUCUACCAAACGUGGCUGUACUUCGUUCAUUGGAUCUUGAUGUCGCCGAGAUUAAAAGUGAGCAGACAAGGGUAAGGCGAACCGAAGCCUUUGAACGAAUUGAGUACCAAGGAACUUAUAACAUCAUAAAUCCAGAAACGUACGAGGAUAUCAAGAAGUGGUUUGACUUCUUCAACGAUGUGUAUUUUGCCGGUCUGCUCACCGGCCUAUGCCGAAUCGCGUUCGUCAAGGAAAAGGACGAAGACACGAAGCUACCUUGGUUUCGUCGCCGUGUCGGGCUAUGUACACACGUCUAUCCGCGGGAAAAGUGGGACCUUGAGUUCAGAGACCAAACGCCCUUCUGUCAAAUCGAUCUAACAAUAUGCCAUACCAUCCAUCCUCUUGAGCGGAUCCGGUUAUACCUGCAGACACUCCUCCACGAGAUGCUGCACGCGAUGUUCCGUCUCUAUCAAUGCAGGUGCGACAGCGGCUGCAAGAGGAAUCAUGAAGCACAGAGAGCCCUCGGGAGUAGAGGGCACCAUGAGUCCUGGCACAGGGCUGCAAUGUGCAUUGAGAAAAGUAGCUAUCUGGUACUCGGAUGGCGAGGUAUGGAUCUCAACCGGCAUGGGGCAAUGGCUGCCGAGAUAUACAAUGGGCGCUUGUUUCCAAGUGAUGAGGUUCUUUCAUCUCUGCAAUUGGAUAAGACAAAGGUUCAACGGCAAUACGAGCAACAAGGGAAAAAAGCGGCACAGGCUUCUAGUGCGGACAAAUCCGACGACAAAAGCGUCAAAUGGCUGAAGUCAAACAGAUCCAUCCUCAAAUACGGAAUCAAGUAG